CAUCCAAGUAGAUCACUAGUAAGCACGUGUGUCUAUAACCGCACCGAUAAACUGGGGUUCUUCGAUCCGGUCUCUGCCAACUAAAAGCGAAAGACAUUGUUUAAAGAAAAAACACAUUGAAAUUAUUAAGAAUUAGGGAAUCCUCAAAGGCAAAGCAUCUGACAAAAAGUGCAUAACAAUAGAGGAUAGGAUAAUGGCUCAACAAUAUUUGCGUACUAAAUCUAAGGCUACUAAAAGUGCUGGUGCGGCGCGAAAACACGUUGGUGAAGCCAAAAAAAAGUCAACCUAUACAAAAGCUAAGAAUUCUGUCGAGCGGAAGGCACGUGCUAACUAUAUCAAUACUGUUGAGGCAGCGAUGGCGUCUCGCGUCCCGUCUGAUCAAAGCUUUAAAUUGAGAAUUGUGAAGCCUGCGACACAGCAAACAAAGAAACACAUGAAAAAACCUUUGACUCGUGGCCGCAAGCGCAAAUAAACUUUAAAUGAAACGAGGUAGAAAGGUGCUUACAAUGAUGGAUGCUUUGUUGACCAACACAUUAAGCACAACAUGGGAAAAUAAUAAUCUGCUCUAAUGGCUCGACUGUGCACGGAUGUGAAUACUAUUUGAGGAGGGUGGUAGGACUAGAAAUGAAUAGAUUGUGAGCUUUCCCUUAAAAGGAAUAAAAUAACGGAAUGGGGCUUUCUUUCAGGCUUUUUAACUCUCCGCACCUUAAUUAAUACAAAAUGAAUCCAUCUAUCCGGUUAACCGCAUAAUCGACGAGAAGAGGCGAAAGGGGAGGUUGACAACACUGCAGGUAUUCGUGUGCUUUUUAGAUGACUACCAUUUAUUUGCUUGACGAAUCCAUGUCUUGGGUGACGCGUAGACGCUUAACUAUUAAUUCAUGGACCAUGUGUUCAAAAAUUAUAUUCUUUA